AUUAAAUGUCAUGACACUAUAUUCGUAACAUUCCUUGAAUGGCCGAGUUUCUGUCCUGUAUCAUAGUGUGAUUUUUUACUCAUUGUGCCGGGAGACCUUGGACCACAUACACAUCUUUUGGAUUCUCUGGACAAGAACAUGAGCAGAAAUCAACCUUUUCCACCAGAUCCACAUUUGGAUGCAACAACAUACUUUGAGCGAAAUCACAUUAAUCAGAUUUUAGAGAGUAUCGUGACGGGCCUGACCUUUACCAGGCCGGAUGAUCCACUUGCUUACAUUGAAGACUGCGUGCAUCGUAUCCGCCUGGGGGAUCUGCCUGGUGGAAAGGCAAAACUAAAGUGGGACAUUUUCAUUCCAUCAUCAACGUCGACUUCAACUCAACGUAAAGAAUUGCCCGGACGACAGCCAGAGCAAAGAAAAUCUAAAGCGGUUGUUCCUCCCCUGCGAAAGAAACCGCCAGCCCCUCAUACAUUACCUCCUAUGCAGCAGCAGUUCAGUCCAGUCGUGAGUGGGCCUGGGAUCUUGCUGGAUGUGUCAUCCAAACCGCUCUUGCGAAGGAAUGACAGUGGCGCCCGGGACACCGACGCUCGGCCAAUCAAAUCAGCCACAAAAAGGGUAGAAGAACGUAGUUUGGAACCAGAGUCGCCCCAGUCACCUCUUCCCAGUGGCACUGAGCCGAUGACGACCCAAAGUCGUCCAGCAACAAGGACACUGGGAGGUCCAACACCUUUGCCUCCUAUCAAAGCUGCCAACAUCGCAGACGUACCUACACUAGACCAGCAAGUGCCAGUGCAGAGCGUUUCGACGUCGAGUGCACCUGAGCCCGUGCAAGUAAAGGAAUCUGGGGAGGAAAUCACUCAGACCUUGGCGGUUCCUGAAAGAAAACAAGUGUUGGGCAAGGCUUGGGAUAACAUUGUGUUUGUAUUGGGAGGCCCUGGAUGCGGAAAGGGAACGCAAUGCGCACAGAUUGCAAAGGACUUUAACUACACUCAUCUUUCCGCCGGGGAUCUUCUCCGCGCUGAAGUCGCCACUGGCUCCGAUCUUGGUAGAGAGCUGGACUUGAUGAUGCGCGAGGGAAGGAUUGUACCCAUGCAUGUCACGGUCCGACUCCUUCGUGAAGCCAUGGAAAGAGCAGAGGCGUCAGAAGGAUUUCUCAUUGACGGGUUUCCGCGACAACUUGACCAGGCGACGGCUUUCGAAGAAGAGAUUCGACCAUGUAAAUUCGUCUUGUACUUUGAGUGCUCUGAAGAGCAGCUCGAAAAGCGUUUACUGAAGCGUGGCGAGACAAGCGGACGAGCAGAUGACAACAUUGAAACUAUCAAGAAGAGGUUCAGAACAUUUAUUGAAACAUCGUUGCCUGUUAUCCAAGAUUUUGAAAGAAAAGGAAAGUGCAUAAAGAUAUCGUCUGAACCACCUGUCGAUGAAGUUUACAAUACGGUGAGAAAACAUUUUGAAGAACCGCUGCCUUUGAACCAUCCAAAUGUCGUGUUCGUGCUCGGCGGCCCCGGAUCUGGCAAAGGCACACAAUGUGUGCGGUUAGCGGAAGAAUUCGGACUUACGCAUCUGUCUACCGGUGAUCUUCUUCGGGCAGAAAUUGGAAAAGCAUCGGCGAUCGGCAGAGAGGUUGAAGGAAUCAUGAAGGAGGGCAAGAUGGUUCCGAUGCGCGUUAUCAUGCAGCUGCUUCGAAGUGCAAUGGAGGGAAAGGGCCUAGAUACACACGGAUUCCUCAUUGAUGGAUUUCCGCGCGCCAUGUCGCAAGCCCAUGAAUUCGAAAAAUCAAUCGGGCCGUGUCGCAAAGUCUUGUUUUUCAACUGCUCUCUUCCAGUGUUGGAGCAGCGACUUUUGGAGCGUGGAAAGACUAGCGGGCGAGUAGAUGACAAUUUGGAGACGAUACGGAAACGCUUCCAAACAUUCCAGGACGAGAGUGUGGAGGUCAUAAAUUGGUUUAAAGCCAAAGGCAAGGUCAUAGAGAUUUCCUCUGAGCGAGCCAUUGAUGAAGUGUAUCAAGAAGCCAGAAAGGUGUUCAUCUUGCCAGAGCCAUUGAAUCACCCCAACGUCGUGUUUAUUCUGGGUGGCCCUGGGUCAGGCAAAGGCACACAAUGCUCUCGCCUGGCUAACGACUACCAGCUGAAACAUAUCUCCACCGGUGAUUUAUUGCGAAAUGAGGUCGCUAAGGGUUCUGAAAUUGGUCAAUUUGUGCAGAAAAUCAUGAUCGAGGGGGGAAUGGUUCCAAUGAACGUAAUGAUGGGUCUGCUAGUCCAAGAGAUAGAAGAAAACUUUGAAGCCAAAGGAUUUCUUAUAGGUGAG